AUGAAGCGGUCCACCACCGUGCUGCAACCCGCGCCAGCAAACUCGCAGCAGGUGAGCGAAGUUGUGAGUCGUCGCGGGGCGGUCACUAACAGCAACAGAAGCAUCAGCUUCGACGGGGCGGCGCCGGUGCCGACAGCCGCGAAGGCCAGCACUAAUACUGCCGCCGGUGCAUCCCCUUCGAUGCCAUCGCGCUUUUGUGGUGUCUCGGCAGACAGCAGAAACGGCUCGCCGUCACCAAAGCGGCCAGACUUCUCAAGCUUUCUCACCCCACGUACAUUGAAUGCACCCGCGACGAAGACGACAGCGGCAUCACCGCCGCUCCCACCACAGCAGCAGUGGCCUCAUAAUGCUGCGCAGAGCCUUCGACCAAUCCCCUCCGCCUCUGGGACCCCGUCUCGGGAGACUUCGUCAAGAAGACGCACGCAACAAGUCCCAGCGCUGCCGACGGGCACGCCACCGCGCACCACCACGGUCGCCGCCGUCACCACCGCGAGCCCCUCCGCCUCGCUGCGCUACAAAGAUGCACAUGACCGUCGUCAAGUGCGGCGUCUCACCGCUGUAGGCAUUUCGCCGAUGCGGAACUUAAUAUCGAAGCCUGCGCCGCCGGCAACUCCGUCUUCACGUGCGUCCCCCCCGACAGAUGAUUUCGGUGGUAGGCAAGCGGCUUCAGAAGCGGCAGGUGCUGCUGCUCGACCGACCUCGUUCGCAGCAACGUGGAAGUCGAUGACUUUAGCGUCAGCGGCUGCGUCGGACACAGCAAAGAAGUCGUCCGCCGUGAAGCCAAGUGCCGUGGAGACGUCUGGGCACGGCAGCGGUGCUCCGCCGACGUUGAUACCGACGAAAGCGUUCCAGAUGCGUCUAUCGUUGACGCGCGAGGUCACCGUGGCGAACAGGUCGUGCACGGCGGAGGCGGCGGAGGCGAUGCUUCGGGCACAACAUACAUCAGCUCCCACCCGUGUGCGCUCGCCAUUCCUCCUCUUUCAAGUCAGUGAGGGGACGCCGCCUCUAACCUUCGGCACAGCAAGCAGGAAAAGCAGCGUGUGGUCAUCCGACCACACGAACCGGUCUGCCGUUCUAGGUGCCUCCGGCGCGACGCUCGCGCCAUCGGUGACGUCACCGCGCCCCACGUGGUUGGAGAAUGUGGACGAGGAGGACACGACCGUCACGGGCGAGGAGGACACCCCAGUCUCUCCAACGGCAUGUCUCACCUACCCGCCCGCGGGCGGUUCAUCGACAGCGCUACGCUCCGCUGCGCCGGUGAAGUCGACAACGAGGACAACAGCAACGUCCACCACGACGGCAACAUCGCCGGAGCCUGCUGCCGUGAAAUCCUCCAAGAGGAGGUCAGAUGUGAAUCCGACGCUUGCAAGUGCCGCCGAGGGCGCUGACGGAGGGUGCGACGGCAAUGCCCAUGAGAGGAACCCUGGCGCCACGGCGGCUGUCGACGCCAAGUCGGAGCGGCGCUCACUCACGCAGGGGUCAACCUCGCAAGUGAAGAAGUUGCGUGAUGUGACCCGAAGUGCCACCAACGCUGCACCAUCGCCGGCCCCCGGCUCUCCCCCUCAAACACCACAGAAAGCAACCACGGUGGCGGCGGGCGCUCAGCUACACACCCCCAAGAUGUCCUCCAAUGCUGGCAAGACGACCCGUUCUACACCCACACAUGCAGCAGCUUCCCCGAAUCGGCAGCCCGACGCGCUGCGGGGCGGCCUGCUGCGGAGUGCGACAUCGACGACUGGAGUGCCUGGAACUCCUGCAGCCGCCGCUGCUGCUGCACCUGUUCUCCUCCCUGCACCAUGCCACGCGACUGGGGCACACAGCCAAGGCGCAGCCACUAUCCUGAGCCAGUCACUGUCCGCCGUACGGCCGAUGGCCCCGGUCGUGCAUGUGCGCAUACGACCGGUGCUGCCGUCCAUCGGGGAGAGUGGGAAUAACCGCCACGUCUACUUCCUCGAUCAUGAGAACGUCAUGGUGACGCGUACUCGCCUGGGCGUCUCUGCCGCCAACGGCUCUUCAUCCAUGCCGUCCUCAUCCCUGGUCGAGUUCACGGGGACCCGACGGAGUGGCAUAAACGGGCAAGUCGUGCCUGCGCUGCAGGCGUCAAACCUCGUCUCGCGCACACUGGGGUCCUCUUAUGGCGCCAGAGGUGCCGCUGCCGCUCGCAACGGAGGAGCGGCAGCAGUGGGCGGUAGGGGUGGAGGCAGCGUACCCGCGUCAUUAGCGGAUGCGCCGCGUACCGCGGCGAUGAAGGCGGCUUCCCCCGCGUGCCUCUGCGGUCGGGACUUGGCGCUGCUGAGGUCACCUGUGCCUGCUGAAGGCCCCACGGUCUCGAAGACCUCCGCUGCAGCUGCCUGUGCUGCCGUGCCCGGUGACGCCGACGGGGGCACCAUUGACGGCGCUUUCUCGAACAUUAGCCCUUCGUUGGAGAGUCUGCAACCGCUCUCGUUCCCGCCCCCGAUACUGGCGGUGCAUCACAACCGCAUGAUUAGCUGGACGAGCCAGGGGAGUGAGGAGGACUCUUCCAGCAGCCGUUUGUCUUGCGGGUCGCCGUCCACGUCCGUAUCACCACAGAAGCACGGUAUGGGUUUGGCAGGCGGCGGCUCUGAAGCUUGUAUGACUUUGGACACCUUCACUAGCGCGUCACGCACGUGUCCGUGGCUGACAACGUUCAAGUCGUUCACAGAGGACGAGGCGCCGUCGGUGUUUACAACUCCCCGGGAGGUGAGGGCGGGGAGUAGUUCCGCUGGCACACACGCUAGCAGAACCAGUGUCCGCGACAGCAGCGGCGGUGCUGCGCGCACCAGGAGAGGCAUCUCCGCAUCGCAGCGCCGCGCCAAGGGCCCGGGAAUCGAGCGGAAGCCGCGCUACGGUGGCAUUUCACUGUCAGCGGUGUCUCUUGCCACCACGGGCAAGAACUCCGCGGCCACCACAACCGCUGGCGUGAGCCCUCGCACAACCGUCACCACCUCCGCUCCGUCUCCUACCAGCAUGCGCCGGCGCGCGUCGCGCUCAAUCCUCGGUGCAUCUGUGAGUGUGUCGGCCUUGUCGAUAGCGACCAUGCCCAAGGGCAGCGGUGGCACCACGAAUGUCACAAGGGUGACGGAGGAGGAUGCUGACGCGGAGUCGGAUGAAGCACAACAGCACGAGUGGCAGAUGCAGCAGCAGCAGACGCCUAACAGGAGCAACAGCGUAUCCGCGUCUGGCGCUGCCACGGGUGCGGAGCAGCACUACAGCUUCGAGUUUGUGCACGACGAGGAGGCAACACAGGCGGACGUCUUCGAAGAGAGCGUGCUGCGCUUUGCCGACGAGGCGCUGCUUGCCCAAAAUGUCGCCAUAAUCUGUUAUGGCCCCACAGGCAGCGGCAAGACGUACAGCAUGAUGGGGAGCCAAGCCCAGCCGCCUUCUGCCGCCCUGGCAUCAUCCGGCGCCACACCCCUCCGAGCAGGCGGCGGAGCAGGGCACCGCAGCGGGGGCCUCAGCACUUCCAGCACCCACUCACCCCCGCAGCCCGACUCGCGCGGUCACACACCGCACGGUCGCGCGAACGCCGGCGAGACGCAGCGACGGAUCAUGGACGAGGCUGCAGCUGGGGCAGAUGGGAAAGGCGUGGUGCGGGACGCACAUGCGGUCGAGGACGAUGGCGAGGGAAACGGCACCAGCUGGCCAAGGCUCGGGUCCAGUUGUCAGUACGACUACGCCGAGCACGCAUGUAAAGGGAAUGGCGGCUCAGCUGCCACUGCAGUGCGACGCAACCACCAACGCUACCCCCACAGUGGCGGCGGUGGUGGGCCUCUCUUGGCGACCUCCGCGAUGGCGCUCGAAUCCGCUGCGACGACCAGGAGCAUGGCAGAGAUGGGCAUCCUCCCACGGCUAGUCCACACACUGCUGGAGCGGCGCGGGGAGGCGAUCACAAUUCGGCGAGACCCCGGCAGGGAAGUGGCGGGUCGCAGUGCAAACAGCUUGCAGUCGACCUCGCGGCAGAAGACAACGGUGAAGCGCGUCGGCGGUCUCUCGCUGACUCUCCGAGAUCUCACCUUUUACGGCAUCGAGUUGUACAUGGACGAACUGUGCGACUUGCUGGACCCCGGGAAGCGACCGAUUCGAGCCGUCAGCGACACAGGCGGCUUGGCAAUGCUGUGCCAGCGCAUCAACGAGGCCCGGGACUACCGCAUCAGAGGCAGUCGUGGUGGAUCCAGCCACAACACCGCACAGACCGCCCGCACUGGCGGCGGAAUGGCGAUCACGUCCCUGGCCGACCUGCGUCGCGCGUAUCGCCUUGCCCACGGCAACCGCGUCACGGCGCGCCACGCAAAGAACGACACGAGCUCCCGCUCUCACGCCAUCUUCCUCCUGCAGCUCGACUUUGACCUGAUCGAGUCGACCAACACGCCCCGCAGCGGCGCUGGUGACGGGGGUGCCGCAGCGCCGCCGCCCCCGUCGGAGCGUGUGCAGCGCGUGCACUCGUAUGUUGCCAUGGUGGAUCUGGCCGGCUGCGAGCGGGUGAAGCAGACCAAGGUCGAGGGAGCUGCGUUGCGUGAGGCGCAGUACAUCAACAAAUCGCUUUCAGCCCUCUCGUCGGUGGUGCUCUCGCUGCACCACCACAACGCUCAUGUGCCGUACCGCGACUCGAAGCUGACGCGACUGCUGCGGCCCUGUCUCGAGGGCGGCCGCGUUCUCACUCUUGUCCAUGUCGCGCCGUGUUCCAGUACGGAGGCGCUCAACACAUUGAAGUUCGCGGACCAGAUCCGCCACCUCCACAUCCCCACCCACGCCCUUACCCCGACGUCCUCGAAGCACCGCGAGCUGCUGGACGUGUUUGCUGACCUCAUUGACCCGAUGCAGGGGCAGUGGGAGGCGCAGGUGCAGCAAGCACAGCUGCAGCUGGACCGGCUUUGCGCUGACGUACGGUUGUCGUACUUCUCGCGCGCCGUUGGUGCCCUCCCGCACCGCACGACUGCAAGGGACUCGUUGGCCAGCGAUGUUGUUAGCGAGCUUUCAGCGGUGUCCGAGGAGGACGAUAGGGUCUCCUCCUCCUCGGGCGAUGUGAGCCAAGAGGAAGCCCUGCAACCGCUGAAGGAGGACGCCACGGAGGCGGAUAAGCGUCGCUUCGCCCUGCGCACAGUGAUGCACCGAUUCAUGGGGCCCAUUCACUCACAUCAGCGCACAACUAUGCGAAACGCUGUGCGGGCGAUCCGGCGGCGCGCGGAACAGAAGGCGCUUGCCCACCGUCGACAGGUGCAGCAGCAAAUCGAUGAGCUGCAGGCGACGCUGCAGAAGCUUACCGCGGCGAACGCAAAGUUGGCUAAGGAGAACAGCACCCCGCUCCCGCGAGAUCCGCACGCGCUAGAGCUGAGUCGCCGCAUCCGCGAGAGCACCGAGGAGCUCGGAGAGUACGCCAAAGAGCAGGCAGCCCUCAUCUCUCUCACCACCGCGCUACGGCAGCGCCUUGCCACGCAGGACGACCUGGAGGCGGCGGUGGAUGAGCAACUACACAAGGUUCAGCACCGCACCGCGCAGGCGAUGCGAACCCUCUCGGCCGCCGUCGCCGCACACCCACCUGGGGGCCCACCUACCGGGUCGGGAACGGCGUUACCCAAGGAGCCUACGCUGCCCGCCGACUCCUCGGCCACGGCCGCGCUGGCGAUGAACACGAAAGACGACCCGGAGCUGCGCGACAUCGCACAUCAGCAGCUCUCCCUCGCGAAGGAGCUCGCAUCGUUGCGGCUUGAGAAGGCGUGCUUCGAGAUUGGGACGGGACUGUGGGAGGGUCUGUGGGCUCGCGCCAUGCGUAAAGAAAUCAUAACAGCUAUGGAGGUGGAGGUCUUUGAGAUGGAGCGCAUUCUACUGGAUCGGCGUGCGCUGUCGAUGAUGAUGAUGGCGGGAGAUGCCGAUGUGGAUGGCAAGGCAAACACGGCUCCAUUACUCGUGCUACCGCGAACGGCAGGAUACCCUGGAAACCGCCUCGGCUCCGUCGAACGGGAUGAACGCGGCAUGGGCGCCACUACAGCCGAACACGAAGUCGCCACGCCACUGAUGCGUUCGGCACCAGAGGUGUCACCGCCUCGCGUACGGCAUCUGUCACCGCCAGUGAUCUCACAUUCAUCACUGAGGGGACGCCCGGACGGCUACGUGCACGGCGGAACCGAGCUGGGCGACCGGAGCAGUGGAGUCGCUACACCGCAAGGGAGCGCUAACAAGGGCGAGGGAGGCGUGGCGGUGCCGUUCAGUCCUUCAUUGCCUCAGCGCUCGCGUCGCGACCGUGCAGUGGAUCUCGCUGCCACAACCACAAGUGACAGGUCUUUAAGCUCUGCAACGGAGUCGUUCAGUGCCAUCGCAUCGAGUAGCGAGGGCCUUCGCCUGCGCAGUGCGCUAGCUGGUGCGGCUGCUGGUGCCCUAACGUCUCCGCCUCCACGCAGAGGGCUUGAGGGGCCUAUGCCAAACCCACUGAUGGUUCUAGUGGCAGAGGAGCAGCAGAAGCAGCCCCCAACCCACAUGACCUCUGCUUCAUCUCCGCCGUUGUCGUGCAAGAAUAGCACUGCCGCAGCUGUGAUAGAGGCGCUCAUGCCACUUUCGCUUGCUGGCUCGUACGAGGAGGAGCAGUCAAUGCAGGAGGCGUGCCUGCAGCUGAUGUUACGGGAGGGCAUUCCAUGUGAGGUGUGCUGCUUGGGCGAAUCGGCCAGUCAAACUCUUCAGCACUAUAUCUUGCCAAGCAGCGCCGAUGCCCCCCUAGCAGAGAUGGCCGAGCAUGAGGAGCCGACGUCCAAUUCGUCCACCGCGCCCGCUCGCUACCGCGUCACGGCGGCAGCGGCAGCGGCCUCCGGCGCCACAGAAAAAGGUGACGACGCUAGCUCGCUAUCAUCGGCACACAGGCACGCUAGUGCAGGUGCUCAGGGUGGGUCGUCAUCAGUGCAGCCUUGCGAGCGUCCUGGUGGGCCCAAGGUUCCGUUUUGCACCACUCGUCACGGUCGUCUGCGACUCGUGCGCAUGCCGCGCCGCCCGAGCUGCUAUGUUCUCGAAUUCGUCUACACCCACCAAGCACUCCCGAUGGCCCCUAGACUACGGGCCGCGAUGCUGGGAAAGCCGGAGGAGAAGUUCACGUCGGUACCCGGGAAGACGCACCUGGAGCAGAUGGUGGACUCUCUGCCGACGGUGCAAGGCGUCGCAGGCCGGGGCGGUGGCGGUGGCAGCAGUGGCAGCACGGGCACUCGGCCACAGGGCCCACUGCGCGAGCACCGCCUCUUUGCGAUUCCACUGUUCGAGCCCACCCUUCACCUGCACGUGCACGUGUUGGAGGAGGGCAUACCGAACAUGACGACGCCGGUAGGGGCGACUGUGGGACUGCCUGGCGGUGGCGAUGCGCACGAAAUUGCCGGCUCCACCUUCGAAGGCGCCAGGGAUCAUAUUGAACCUAGCAUGUCCGCAUCCCCUUCAUCGUCUGUCCCUGCGGUGUGCGUCGCUCGGCGGUUGGAGAGUGGGCCGCAGCUCGUGAUAGAGGUGCGCGGUGUGCCUCAGGCGGCCUCGGCGUCCCGACUGGUGUUCACUACAGACACCAAGAAGUCACCGAAGUCCAGCCAGCAGCAUCAGCUGAAGCCCCACCCGCUGCAGAAGACGACUGCCAGGGCAGGCUCGACGGCCGGGGUUGGCCUCCAGAGUGGAAAGCCUCAGCACGCCAUCGGCCACAUUCCUUCUCAACCUUCGACCUCAUCUCAGAGAGGGUCAACGUCGUCCGCGUCUCCGGCUCCGACAGGGGCCGGGUCGGCAGUCUGGAGCGGUCUCGUGCUGGCGAAGCGGCUCAGCGGCGGUGGUGAGCUGAUGCUACCGUCCUCAUGCAUUCUGGCGAACACGGGCUGCUGCUCACUGGUGCUGCGCUUUCCUGCUCCCUUCUUUGCCUCCUCCGCGUCGCGGGUGGAGAGUGUGGAGGCAGUGGUCGGGGCUCUCUGCGGCAUCCUGCGCCCCUCACUGACGGCGCCGGAGGUGCGGGCGUCGUCGUCUCUGUCUUCGCCCAAGCGGGUUGUUAGCUUGCGACGGCGCCCCUGCAGCUCUCCUCGGUCCGCCUCCGCAGGCGGCGUGGAGAGGGGGGGUGGGAACAGUGGCGGCCGACGGCUCAGCACCGGCUCGCGCUCGCCAUUGCCGUGCGUACGCGUGCCGCCCGAGCUGGAGGUGGUAAACUACGCUCACGUCCCGUACAACAUAUUCCUGCCCGCUUCCAGUGCCACUCAGACAUCUGCAUCCAGUGCAGCGAACUUGGGAGACGGCGAAGAAGGUGCCGGCUACGGGCUCCACACCCCUGGACGUCCAUGUGUGCCGUCUGGCCACGGGGCUGCGCCAGCCUCGACUUCCUCAUCGAUGAUAAGCAGCGACUCGCUCGACGGCCUGGGGGCGAUGGGCGGCGGUGUGCUGGGGCACGUGUUGCAGAGCAGCUGUAGCCAUGCGCAUCGACGCCACUUCGCUACCGUUAUGCCGCCCGACAAGUGUCUGCCGCAGCACACCACCACGUUGAACGGUGCGCUGAAGCCUUUCCUCGGCAACUCGCGAUCGGCCUCCCCAGCAGCGCCGUUGAUGGACCAGCAGGGCGGUGCGACGCUGCAGGUGCAGUUUUACUGGAUACCGACGCCGCUCAACAUCGAACCACCCCGCCUGGAUGUGGGCAGAAAGGGCAGCGGCGGCACAGGCCGCAGCAGCGACAACGACGGCAACAGCGAGGAUAGGGCGGCGAAGCGGCAUGAGGCAGGUGCGGAACGACGCCGGAUUGGCCACAGCCACUUUUACCACACCAACGGACUUACCACAACCGCCAUGGGCACUGCCGCUGAGGCAGCAGAGGCCGGGAUGGAUCGCCUUGUGCGACUGCAGGUGCAGGCCGCGCUUUCCAUUCUUGCUCAGCUGUCCUAUGUCUUCGUUGAUGGUCGUCCUCUCACCAAUGCUGCGGAUGAUGGUGACGGCGCUGCCGCCUCGUCCAUGGGAUCGACGCUCACAGAGAGCUUCGGUGCGCACGACGUGCGGCGGUCAUUGGUGCUCGAGCGAGGUGGCCGUCCACGGAGCCGGUCAGAGAUGAACGCCGCCGGUUUCCGUGACGCCGUCGCCGUCGCCUCCCUUCUGAGGCAGAUCGACACGUACCGCCAUCGAAUCCGUCGCCUCUUCCGUCAGCAGCUGUACGACGCCGAGGACAUCAUUGGCGAUGACAUGGCGCCACCUGCGCAGCAGUCGUGGCUUGCUGGCGAGCUUGGACGGGGCGCCUACCUUCGUGAAGUGCAGGGUGAAGUGAAGCGCACAGUUGGGCUUCCGGCGUCGACCGUCUUGGGCUGCGCUGGCGGCGGUGCGGCGCCGCCGCUGAUGACGUCCCCUGGCCGGCACCCAAGAUGUGACGACCGUGGCGCGCAUGCAGCGCUGUUGGAGCUCGAGAGCGGUGACGCAGCGCCCGACACGCAGGUAACAGUCGCCGAGGCGCGCGAGGCGUGUGCGACAAGGGUGCCGUGGACUGUGUGGCAGUGGGCCUAUCGCUGGUCUCGACUGAGUCGGCUGUUGCGGGGGGACUCGGUCAGCUGCCCGGGCAGCGGCGAUGCUCACGACACGGGCCAUCCUUUUGUCAGUCAGGCAGAGGCGGCUGCCGCGUGGGUGCCUCUCGCGGCUGGCAGAAGCGGCAGUGCCGUGUCACCGACUGUGACUUCGUCUCUCCUCGCGUCCUGCUCCAUGGUUGCUUUACCGACCUUCGCCACCGCCUCCUCGAGCUCUGACGAGGGGUUCGUGAUGGAAGACGACUGGCUUACAGAGGCGAAGCUCGCGGCACGUUCAAAGCGAGUGUGGCUGCCGGAAGUGCUCGCCACAACGGUCCCAUCUUACUUGGAGAACUGCGCCUCUGCGGGUCUGUAG